GGGGCGUGAGUGACGUCCAUUAAUACAGCAAAGUACUCCGCUGCCGUCCAGACUUGAAGGACAAUAUUGGCAACCAGCAGGUCGCACUUAGACUUCUUUAACUCGAAUAUAACCAAGUCAUUCAACGACAUUUUCCACCGGAGGACCACAACUCGACGAGUUAGCGCGAACUGCUGAGCCUCUACUUGGGUCUAUUUUAAUGCCAUGGAGUUUCCAGAUCUGGGAGAACACUGCUCCGAGAAGACCUGCAAGCGUUUAGACUUCCUUCCUAUGAAAUGUGAUGCCUGUGAGGAGAUAUUCUGCAAGGACCACAUCACCUACGAGCACCACAAAUGUACCUCGUCCUACAAAAAGGAUGUACAAGUUCCAGUAUGUCCUCUGUGCAACACCCCGAUUCCCACCAAGAGAGGAGAGAUGCCCGAUAUCAAAGUCGGGGAACACAUCGAUCGGGAUUGCAAAUCGGACCCUGCACAAAGAAAAAGAAAGAUAUUCACCAACAGGUGUUCCAAAGGCGGCUGCAAGCAGAAGGAAAUGAUGAGAGUCACGUGUGGCCAAUGUCAUUUAAACUACUGUCUUAAGCACAGACACCCUCUUGACCAUGAUUGUAAGACUGGUGGCAAACCUCUGUCCCAGUCCGGACACGCUGCUUUAAUGAGGGCCCAGUGUUCUUCCUCUGUCUCUUCGGGAGCUUCAAGAUCAGUUUCUAAUGGAAUCGGUUCCAGUAGCAGAGGCCACAAUAGCAACAGCACCAGCCGAGCCAUCCCCACUUCGGUAUCGGCGCAGAACGUGGCGCAGCCGCAGGCCUCGUUUCAGGCGGGGAUGACGGAGGAGCAGGCCUUACAAAGAGCUGUAGAGAUGUCCCUGGCAGAGUCCAGACAAGACACUCCGCCAGCCCUCAGCCCGCAGGAGCAGGAGGACCUGGCGUUGGCUCAGGCCCUGGCCGCCAGUGAAGAAGAAUACAGACGCCAGCAGCAGAGACAACAGGGCAGAGAGUCAAAACAGUCCAACUGCAGCCUUUCUUAAUCUUGGACCGCUGGAUUUUAACUUCAAACUGUGCUAAUGCUACACUGCAAACCUCACCAAUGGGAUUAUCAACAUCCAGAGAUUGUUUUUCCAAACAAAAAGAAGAAACCAUCACAAAGCUGCUCACUUGUCGCCUUCUGUACACUACAAACCAAGCACACCAUCACCCAGGUUGUCAAUCAUUUGCUCUGUAUAUAUUUUAUAUGCUAAUAUUGCCACCUAUGAAGAAUGAAUGAAUUAUUUCAAACCUGCAACUCUAAUUUGCUCUUGUUUUUUUUUUUUGCAAAAUGGUGCUUAGCAGUGUCAUGGAUAUUCCACAUGUGUCCAGCAGAGGGCAGUAUAUACCAUGCCAUAAAUCAUGUUCAUCAGUGAAUCCUACAUCAUUCGACCUCAACUAUUAUUAGGAACACAGAGUCCAUAGCAAAACACAAAACUAAUAAUAUAAUCAAUGUUUGGAAAAUUACUUAUAAAAAGUGAUUACCGUAUUUUUCGGAGUAUAAGUCGCACUUGCCGAAAAUGCAUAAUAAAGAAGGAAAAAAACAUAAGUCGCAUUUUUGGGGGAAAUGUAUUUGAUAAAAGCCAACACCAAGAAUAGACAUUUGAAAGGCAAUUUAAAAUAAAUAAAGAAUAGUGAACAACAGGCUGAAUAAGUGUAUGUUAUAUGAGGCAUAAAUAAGCAACUGAGAACGUGCCUGGUAUGUUAACGUAACAUAUUAUGGUAAGAGUCAUUCAAAUAACUAUAACAUAUAGAACAUGCUAUACGUUUACCAAACAAUCUGUCACUCCUAAUCGCUAAAUCCCAUGAAAUCUUAUACGUCUAGUCUCUUACGUGAAUGAGCUAAAUAUUAUUUGAUAUUUUACGCUAAUGUGUUAAUUUCACACAUAAGUCGCUCCUGAGUAUAAGUCGCACCCCCGGCCAAACUAUGAAAAAAAACUGCGACUUAUAGUUCGAAAAAUACGGUAAUUAUAGUUAUUUUACCCCCCAAAAAAAUGUAAUUGCAAAGUGAAGUACUCUAAUAAAAGUAUUUAAUUAUGUGGGGAAGUAAUUAUUCCGUUGUCUGGCAUAUGCAGUUGAGAUGUUUCAUAAGACAUAUGUAUGUGCCUUUAAAAGGCAGUGCCUGUUGCUGAAGUGACGUCUGUCAGCGCCCACACAGAGCAGCAUUAGAACAGCUGUGAAGGCAGCGCUUUUAAAU